UACCCAUCCCCGCCCCAUCACCCGCCAAACCUACCUCCAUCCCCGCCUACUUGGGGCGGAUGCGGGGCGGGUCUCCCGCAAAACCCGCCCCACUGACAUCCCUAACUCUAUCCAGUCCCCGCCAAUAAUGUGGAAGGCAUCGAUGAACGGACAAUGCGCCGCCGAAAGCAGUGCCGCCGCCGCCGCCACUUUCACCAUCAACGCCGGCGACGUCAAGCUGAAAGCCGCCCUUUCUGAAGCCGCCACCUUCAACGCUAUCCCCAGCUUCAGCAACCUUUCUCUCUCUCUUGAAAAACCAGGCUCUUUCAUCGUCGAUUACCACGCCCCGAAACAAGAUUUGAGGUUUCAAUUUAUGAACUCAAUUAGGGUUUUAGACAAGCGACUGAACAUGACAUACACGCAUUCUAGGGUAGAGAAGAACUUGUUGUUGGAUGGGACGCUGGUGAUUGAUUCGUCGAAUAAGGUUACCGCGAAUUGUGAUUUUGAGUCUGGGAUUCGGAAAUUGAAGUAUAGUUAUAGUCAUGGAGGAGGGGAUACCACUUUCGAACCAUGUUAUGAUGUUUCCAAGAAUUCCUGGGAUUUCGCGGCUUUUCAGAGGAUUCAUGGGGGUGAUGUAGUUAAGGCUUCUUAUCAGACUUCUACCAAGGUUUUGGGGUUGGAGUGGUCUCGAUCCUCGCCUUUCAAUGGUUCUUUCAAGGUUUCAGCAUCUCUGAAUCUGGCCGAAGAAGCAAAAAUACCGAAAUUGAGUGCUGAGAGUACUUGGGAUUUUGAAAUGUGAUUUUUGUAGUUAUUUUUUCUUCUUCUCCCUCUUCCUUUAAGCCAGAAAUAGCAGGUUAAUUUAUCUCCCAUGCAAGCUUAGUGGCCUUGCUGUAUAGCUUUGAAAUGUUUAGUGUUAAUUUGUCAAAUAUGUUACAGAGUAUAUACUGAACUUUAAGGUAGUGUUAAAAAGUUAUCGUUUUUCUUA